UGUGUGGAGGAGGCGGAGUUAACAGUCUGUGCUGCAGAAUAACACACCGACCAACACGAAGCAUUUCACCUUUUUUCUUUUUGGUUGGGGGGGAUUACAAUGCUGGGAUCUGGUCUUUGCAGAGCUGACCUGAUGGAGGAGGUGGAUCAGCUCCAGUGACGCACAUCAGGACCAUCAGCUAGGCUCCCAGUGAAACCAGUCCCACCAUGGUGCAGGAGUACCAGUCCCCGGUCCGGGUCUACAAGCACCCGUUUGAGCUGAUCAUGGCGGCGUAUGUGAGGAGGUUCCCAAAGUCGCACCUGAUCCCGGUGUUUGUGGACAGUGAGAUCAUCAGCGAGAGCCAAAGCAAAGAUGGAUCCACGGUCGUCACCGAGAGGAGAUGUGUGAUCGACAUCGAGGCUCCGCGGCUUCUUAAACGGAUUGCUGGUGUAGACUACCUGUACUUCAAGCAGAAGAACACACUGAACCGCAGAGACAGGACGCUCCGGAUCGAGGUCCACAACGACACCUUUUCCAACCGGGUCAUCGUCCGUGAGUGCUGCAACUACACGGUUCAUCCAGAGAAUGAGGACUGGACGUGCUUCGAGCAGACAGCUAGUCUGGACAUUAAGUCCUUUUUUGGCUUUGAGAGCACAGCAGAGAAGAUUGCUAUGAAGCAGUACGCCAGCAGCAUUAAAAAGGGUAAAGAAAUGAUCGAGUACUACCUCAGAGAGCUGGCGGAAGAAGGAGUAACCUACAUACCUCGCUGGACUCCCCCUGUUGUCUCUGGCGCUGCACGGCUUCAGCUGCUGCCCCGCUCCACCGCCAGAGACAUCCCAGUUAACAGUGCUAAGACUGGACUGGACAGCAAAGACCCGGCCAGUCCCACAGAGAUAGUGGCCGGCUCUCCUGAAGACAAGCUGGAUGCUGACUACAUCCGACGUUACCUUGGUGAUUUAACACCUCUGCAGGAGAGCUGUCUCAUUCGUCUGCGCCAGUGGCUCCAGGAAACCCACAAGGGCAAGAUCCCAAAGGAUCAGCACGUGCUACGCUUCCUGAGGGCCAGAGACUUCAACCUGGACAAGGCCAGAGAGUUCUUGUGCCAGUCGCUGACCUGGAGGAAGCAACACCAGGUGGAUUUCCUGUUGGACACGUGGGAGCGCCCGCAACUGCUUCAGGACUUUUACACUGGAGGCUGGCACCACCACGACAGAGCCGGCCGUCCUCUGUAUAUUUUGCGUCUGGGACAGAUGGACACUAAGGGCUUGGUGCGAGCCUCAGGAGAGGAGGUGCUGCUGAGACAGGUCCUGUCCAUCAACGAGGAGGGACUGAGGCGAUGCGAAGAAAACACCAGAGUCUUCGGUCGGCCCAUCAGCUGCUGGACUUGCCUGGUGGAUCUGGAGGGUCUCAACAUGCGUCACCUGUGGAGACCAGGUGUGAAGGCUCUGCUGAGGAUCAUCGAGGUGGUGGAGGCGAACUACCCCGAGACUCUGGGUCGCCUGCUCAUCCUGAGGGCGCCCAGAGUUUUCCCCGUGCUCUGGACUCUGGUGAGCCCUCUGAUUGAUGAGAAUACCCGCAAGAAGUUCCUUGUUUACGCUGGAAACGACUACCAGGGUCCAGGAGGACUAGUCGACUAUAUUGACAAUGAAAUCAUCCCUGACUUCUUGGGAGGUGACUGCAUGUGUGACAUCCCUGAAGGAGGUACAGUCCCCAAGUCUCUGUACAGGACAGCAGAGGAGCUGGAGAGUGAGGAAAACCGCCUGUUGACCGACUCCAUCUAUAAGAGCGCCAGUGUUUUCAAGGGAGCUCCUUAUGAGAUGCUGAUCGAGAUCAGCGAGGCCUCCUCCGUCAUCACCUGGGACUUUGAUGUGUCUAAAGGAGACGUGAUCUUCAACAUCUACCAUUCCAAGAGGGCCCCGCAGCCCCCUAAGAAAGACACUCUGGGAGCCCACGGCAUCACUUCUCCGGGGGCCAUCAACGCCCAGAUGAUAGACAGGAACUGGGUGCUGGGUCAGGACUACAGCAUGGUGGAGAAAGCCCUCACCUGCAGGGAGGGAGAGAGUGUGCAGGGCUCCCACGUAACUCGCUGGCCCGGCUUCUACAUCCUCCAGUGGCGCUUCCACAGCUCCCCAGCCUGCUCCGCCUCCAGCCUGCCUCGAGUGGAUGAUGUGCUGGCCUCGCUGCAGGUUUCCUCCCACAAGUGUAAGAUCAUGUACUACACCGAGGUGCUGGCCUCCCAUGACUUCAGAGGAUCCAUGACCAGUCUGGAGUCGAGUCAUAGUGGCUUCUCCCAGCUCAGUGCUGCCACUACUUCCUCUAGCCAAUCACACGCCAGCUCCACCGUCUCGAGGUAACAUCUGUCCGCCAGGUGUCUAAAAACAGCAGCGACCUGACUAAUACUGACAUCUUACGCCGACUGUGCCUUCUGCCUCCAUGAGAGGGAGCCUUACGCUCACACUGUUUAAUGAGGAGUUGACCUGACAAAUGGAGGUGAGGAGAGUUUCAUGGAGAUCUUUAUACAUUAACUAAUAUUUGUAUUAUUAUUCAUAUUUGAGCAGGAUCAGUAAAGUUGUAUUGAUCUCUGUUUCUAGGGAAUUAUGUAUUUAAAGUUUCCUGUUCAUAUGACUGACUUGUAUUUUUUUUUUGUAGUUUACCACAUAACACCUUCAAUGCACACUGCAAAUGGUUGAAUAUCUGUUUUUUAGUUACAGUGAAUGUGUGUCCAUAACAUUUGUUGUGUAUCUCCUGGAUUCAUAAAUACAAAUUCAGAUGCCUCACAAAAAACAGUUUUUACAUAAGAGUAAAUUAAAUUAAAAGUAUCUGUACAUUGCACGCAGCUCCUCUCCAAGAAGCUGCUUUUAUUUUCCACAAGAUGUCAGUGUUCUCUGUGACUUAACUGCUCUCAGAUCUGCAGUGUACUCAGCGCCGAUGUUUACACUCACACACACGUUGUUUGGUCUUUUAAGAGAUCAAAAAAAAUAACUGUCUCAAUAAAGAAUUUAUCA